CCGGAUCUUCUUGCUACAUUGGGAACCAUGCAAUUCACAGACUUUCUCCCUAAAGGUGAUCCCCGUGUGGAUGGUUGGCCUUUGAUGGACAACCCGCUACCCACCUUCAUCAUUGUGUGCGCCUAUCUAGUAAUUGUAGUCUGGUGGGGUCAGAAAUUCAUGGCUCGCCGACCCAACGGGUUCAGCUUGAGACCCAUCCUACUCGCCUACAAUUUUUUCAUGGUCCUUUUCUCCGGCUGGCUGUGGUACGAAUUUUGCGCAUCUGGUUGGUUCGGAGGUGGAUACACUUUGGGCUGUCAGCCGGUGGAUCGCUCGCGCAGACCAAGAGCGUAUCGGAUGGUGCGCGUUUGCUAUUUCUUUUUCAUAAGCAAGCUAAUCGAACUGUUGGACACUGCAUUCUUUAUUGCCCGUCGCAAGUUUGAUCAAGUCAGCUUCCUACACGUGUUUCAUCACGGUAUCAUGCCUGUUUCUUGGUGGUUUGGUGUCAAAUACGUUCCU